AUGCUCCUCGUUUUGGGCGCCCAGGCCAAGUCCAAAGAGAAGUUUGGUCUGAAGGUCAUGGGCUCCUGGGAAGACUCGGUGGCCGCCAGCGUGGCCUCAGGGCUGGCUUGUCAGGGACUUCGAGGGGAAGCUAGCCGCAACACCUCGCUCCAGAGCGAAUCCCAGCGUGCACUGAAACCCUUUAAAAAAAAAAAAACCUACAUUUUCCAAUGUGAGCCACUUCCUGGUCUCAUUAACUUCAUCCUCAGUGAUUUGGCCAGACUCUGCUUCCAGCCUGAAGCAGGCAGGAGACUGUGUAAGUCAACGGUCUGUCAGGCCCAUCACCAGGCCAGCGUCAAGGUCCCUCCCAAGGACACGGAGAUGAAAACAGCAGAAGAGCCAACCGCGAGUCUUAGGCAGACCCUGGAGUGGCUGCGGAAGGAACUGGCCGAGAUGCAGAUCCAAGACCAGAAGCUCCUGCUCGCCCUGAGGCAUCUUCGCAGUGUCCUGGAGGAGCUGCGCUCCGAGAGCGCCCACUGGGAGGAGGCCGUGUCCAGCAGCGGGACAUCGCCCAUCAGAGCUCGAGCAGGCUCCGAAGGCCGGGGUCACCAGCCCGUGUCAUCCAGGCGGCUGGCCCAGCUCCUCCAAGGGGUAGAUGGCCGACGAAGCUCCCUCCCCUAA